GCAAGCCUGGGGGGCAUCCUCCUCCGGGCGGCAGAGCCGGCUUGUGGAACUUUACCCUGGCGCAACCCUCGCCCAGCCGGUGCCUGGGAAGUUUCAACCCCGGAGGUCGCCAGUAUUUCCGCGCGGGCGCCCGGCGUGGGGUGCGUGGGGAGCGGGCAGCGUGCUGCCUCGGCCCGGCGGGUCCCCGCGAACCCCGAUGAGUUUCUGCCGGAGACACUUGCUCGCUUCUCACCUGGGCUCCCUGGGUCUUUCUUACCUUUGAAACUUAAGCAAACGUUUUUGUUUUGUUUUGCUUUGCUUUGAUCAGAUUCUCCACUUAUUUUACACAAAAUGAAGGCUAGAUUUUCAGUGGGACAAACAUUUGCAAAUAAGCCAAACAUCAGGGAGCCCUAAAUGAAAAAGAAAUUAUAAAAUAGGAAAAAAAAAAGAAAACCGAAAGAAAUAUGAGUAUUAGAAUUCACUUAGAAAGUAUCAAGUUAUCCAGGUCGCUGUGGAGAAUCUAAUCGCUAAUUCAAGGUCUCAGAGCAAUUCCCUUGGGAAACUUAAAACUCAGAAACAAAAACCAGGAAAUGCCUCGUUCCACAAACAAAGAAAUGAUACUUGGCAUCAUGGUGGGAACUACUGGAAUCAGCUUGCUGCUUCUGUGGUACCACAAGGUUCGUAAACCAAGGACAGCAAUGGAUUUACCUAAAUUUCUUUCUCUGGGUAAUUCACUUGAUUUGAUGCCUUUGCAAGAUGAAAUGCCUAAUGGCCAAGGAACAACAGCGAUCUUUCAAGGAAGGCAACUUCAGAUAUUGGAGAAGUUAAAUGAAUUACUGACAAAUAUGGAAGAACUCAAAGAGGAAAUCAGAGUUCUUAAAGAAGCCAUUCCAAAGCUGGAGGAAUAUAUCCAAGGCGAACUUGGAGGGAAGAUAACUGUUCACAAGAUAAGUCCUCAGCACAGAGCUAGAAAAAGAAGGCUUGUCACAGUUCAGAGUUCAGCAACAAGUAAUAGUUCAGAGGAAGCGGAAAGUGAAGGAGGGUAUAUUACAGCUAAUACUGAUACCGAAGAACAGAGUUUCCCACUCCCUAAGGCAUUUAACACUCAUGUAGAGGAAUUAAAUUUAGAUACCCUUAUUCAGACGGCUGAUAAUUUACGUAUGAAUGAGUCCAGCAAAAUGGAGAGUUUUGAACUACUUUGUGACCACAAAGAAAAGUUUAGAGAUGAAAUAGAGUUUAUUUGGCGGUUUGCUCGUGCUUAUGGAGACAUGUAUGAGCUAUCUACAAAUGCACAAGAAAAGAAGCAUUAUGCUAAUAUUGGAAAGACAUUAGGUGAAAAAGCUAUUACUAGAGCACCCAUGAAUGGACAUUGUCAUCUAUGGUAUGCGGUUUUGUGUGGCUAUGUAUCUGAGUUUGAGGGCUUACAAAACAAAAUUAACUAUGGAUAUCGCUUCAAGGAGCAUCUAGAUAAAGCAAUCAAAUUUCUACCUGAAGAACCCUUUUUGUAUUACCUCAAGGGAAGAUACUGUUACACUGUCUCAAAACUGAGCUGGAUUGAGAAAAAAAUGGCUGCUACUCUGUUUGGAAAAAUACCAUCCGCAACUGUACAAGAAGCUUUGCAAAAUUUCCUUAAGGUCGAAGAACUACACCCUGGGUUUUCUAAGUCCAAUUACAUGUUCUUGGCCAAGUGUUAUAUUGAUCUUGAACAAACAGAUACUGCUGUGAAGUUCUGUAAUAUGGCAGUGUUGCUUCCUUGUGUUACCAAAGAGGAUAAAGAUGCACAGAAAGAGGUGAAAAAAAUAAACACUUCCUUGAAGAGAAUUAUCUACUCAGGAAGACUUCUGGCAGUGGCCCUGACAGGAAGUCCCACUGCGCUGAAGCAGUGGGUCUUUAUGAGGACUGGUUCCUUCCCGCCCUUUGACUGGUCUGCCCAUAGGUGUGUCAACUCCCACCCUGCCUCUGCCAGAAAGAGGAUCUUUCAGUUGGACCACUCUACCUGUGCCAGGUGUGAUCUGGAGAGGCUGGACCCAGGCCACACUGACUCACGCUCCAUUCCUGCCUCUGUCAUACUGUGGUGCCUACAUGAUGGGGAGUUGGGGGCCUGGGGGAACCCAGCAUACAGCUGCUUCACUACAACUGUCUUACACAGCGGAGGACAUUCAGAGGGCCACAAAGAUCAAACUUUUUCGGAGGAGAACUAAAGCCUUCUAAUGACUGAGCCUCAGUUAACCAGUCUUCUAUCAACCGAUAAGAUAAUCAGUAUUCAUAAUGAUGAUCCUU